UAUCUAAUUGGUCAUUAGUCUAACAAUAGCUAAUGAAAAGAUAUUGAAAAUUAAGUGUGACAACAGGAUAUCGUCACAUACUUUAAGAUCAAGCAAGGUGAGAGAGUUGAAGAGUUCAUCGACUGUCCAUUUCUAGUGAUCAAAGAUCACUAAGGCACCAAUUAGUAAUUAAAUAGAAAGACAAGAGAGAAAAACGAAAAGGGUAGGCUUUACUUUUGAAAACCAUGCAAUUGUUGGACCGUUUCCUUGAACGUUAAGAGGAAAGCUUUUAGCAAUUUGAAGAAAAUAGAAACAGAGAGAGAUCAAAAAAUGGCGAGGAUACCUUGCUGUGAAAAGAUGGGUUUGAAGAAGGGACCAUGGACGCCUGAAGAAGAUCAAAUCUUGGUUUCUUACAUUCAACGGUAUGGCCAUAGCAACUGGCGAGCACUGCCCAAGCAAGCAGGUAUAUUAAGGUGUGGAAAGAGUUGCAGGCUUAGAUGGAUAAACUACCUGAGGCCAGAUAUUAAACGAGGAAACUUCAGCAGUGAAGAAGAAGAAACUAUCAUUAAACUACAUCAGCUUCUUGGAAAUAGAUGGUCUGCGAUUGCUGCAAAAUUACCAGGAAGAACAGACAAUGAGAUCAAGAAUUACUGGCACACCCACAUAAAGAAGAAACUAUCUCAAGAGAGUUUUCCUACCCCAAGCACAAGUAGCUCUAACGACCACUGCACCAGAACAUCAAAAAGGGAAAUUAUUGAGAAUGCAAGAUCAUUACACCCUGUAACUUUUUGCACCCAUCAGACAAAGGAUCAUCCACAUGACCAUGCACUAGUUUCCCCACAAGAGCCAUCUCAAGAACUGCUGGGCUCAAGGGCAACAACAGUGGAAGCAGCAAUCAAUGGUUUUAGUGCUGUAAACGACAUGGAUUAUUGGUAUGACCUCUUCAUCAAAGCAGGAAACUCCAGAGAAAUGCAUGGAAAUUAAUUUGGGGGUUAGUGAUUUUUCUUUUCCUUUGUAAUUAUAUAUGUCUCUUUUCUGUUCACAAUAAUGUAUACAAAAUAAUGCCUUGGGAUAGUGUCAUUAGUUUUAAAUUCUUCAUCACUGGGAUUUAAUGAAUGUAGUAGCCUGGUUACUUUGCAUCUGUUUAUUGCAAGGGGAUAUGCAGAUUUCACUGAGGAAAGAAAAAAUAAAAUCGCUUGAUAAUGACGGAUUAA